AUGCAGACUGAAGCGUCGUCAUCACUGAGGCCGCCUGGAACCAGUGCUGAAGAAUAUAGUUCAGGAGGAACACUGAAGGCUUGCGACAAGACAUACAACCGAGCUGUACCGUUGACUACCCGGGUUGACGCCCGUACCGAACUUAAGGCACCGUCGCACAGAUCGACGGCAUCAAAUAGAAAAAUUAGAAAUGCGCGUGAAGACUUAUUGAAGAUUAAGUUGGAGCUAGCGCAAAUAGCACUUCAGAGGGCCGAGGAAGAAUCGGACGACGAUUAUAUGGACGAUAGAAAUUCCAAUGAAGAGUACAUCCGUUCCUGGUUGGAGGAAGCUCCGGAACCAGACCCGCAGGACGCCGCCGCUGAGGGAGGACAUAGACCACCAGGUACCCUGGACCUGCCCGAGCCCCCCCCCUCCGCGGUUAUAGUGAAUCCGGUCCUGCGUGGAAUAAGUACUGCUCCUGGAAGAGACGCCGCCGCCGAGGGAGGACAUAGACUGCCGGGUACCCUGGACAAACCAGAGCCCCCCCCCUCGAAGACCAUCGAUACUGAAGCCCUUCCAUCAAUGAAGAAACCAGUUGAAGACACUGCAGGGGGUGAAGGGCUCCGUCCGUUUAUCACGGAGCUCACCUCCGCCAUCGCAUCGCUAGCCGGCAAUAGAAGCGAAGAGAAACCGGUGUACCACAACCCUGCUGCAUCGAAAGUCAUCAUGACGCUGCCGAACUUUAGUGGAUUGCAUACAGAAUGGCUAUCGUUCCGCGCCAUCUAUGAGACAACGCGACCAUAUUUCAACGAUGUGGAAAAUACGGCGAGGCUAAGAAGAAGUCUGCGAGGAAGAGCGCUUGAUACAGUUAGUUCCGAGCUCAUCGGCAACGCCAGGCCAGAUGACAUCAUGAAGGAGUUGGAGCUUCAGUUUGGCCGCCCCGACUCAAUAGCGCAAGCGGAGACAGACAGACUGCGCGGGCUGCCACGCUGCGGAGAAGCACCGAAGGACAUCUGCACUUUCGCCAGCCGUGUACGAAGUGGCAUCGUCACACUGCGAGCGCUGAAAAAGGAACACUACCUCAUGAACGCCGAGCUUAUGCGCAUCCUCACAGAGAAGCUGCCGAACUCGCUACGUGUACAGUGGUACAAGACAUAUACUGAGAAGUACCAGUCGACGCCGGACUUGGGUCUCUUCAGCGACUUCAUCACCGAACAAGCUCGCUACUGCAGCGCGUUUGCACCGCCUGAAAACAUCAGUGAAGCUACUGGACUUAGACGUGUGACGCAGAGAACACACACCACUAUAGACAAGAAGCCCGCAUCGAAGUGCCGCAUCUGCGAGAUGGAUGGUCACCGAUCGCUAGACUGCCACAAGUUCGUGAAGGCUUCUGCGGACAAGAAGUGGGAACUAGCCAAGCAGCACAACCUGUGCUUCCGCUGCCUCCGCCAUCGUCAGCACGGACACAGAUGUCAGAAGAAGAGAUGUGGAAUCGAGGGCUGCACAGCAUCACACCAUCAUCUGCUUCACUACAAGAAGAAGGCGAGCGCUACUGAAGUUGCACAAGAAGCGCAAGAAAUAGUCGCAAGUUCACGCAACCACACAAAUCAAGCGUUCCUGAAAAUCGUUCCGGUGCAACUGUCCGGACCGGCGGGAGAAGUGCGCACCUACGCACUGCUGGAUGACGGCUCAACCGUGUCACUGAUUGACGAAGAGCUGGCAGACAUGAUCGGUGCAGAGGGACCAGUCGAGCCGAUGAAAAUAGGCGCCAUCAGCGACGUGACUAUCGACACGAAGAAGAUACCCUUCAGGGCGCGCACCAUACCACGCCUGCACCUGUCGCCGCAGUCAAUCAGCAAGGAUGACAUCGCUGACUGCAAGCACCUGUUCGACCUGGCAGAUCAGCUGACGUACAACGCAGGGACGCCGAAGAUUAUCAUCGGGCAAGACAACUGGCAUCUGCUCCUAGCAACAGACAUCAGAAGAGGGCCCCAGCAUCAGCCGAUAGCAUCGUUAACUCCCUUGGGCUGGGUGCUGCACGGUGCCCGCACUAGGAUUCUGGGACAGCAGGUGCACUACGUCAAUCAGCUGAACGGCGCCGAGGAAAGCAUAGACAAGCAACUUCGUGAAUACUUCGCACUCGAGUCACUCAUCAUCAACCCGUGCCGACCAGCUUCUGACCCGGAGAAGAGGGCGGAAGAUAUAUUACAACGCAGUAUAGUACAGCUGGAAGAUGGACGUCUUCAGACUGCGUUGCUAUGGAGGAGUGACGAGAUACAGAUGCCGGACAGCUACGCGACUGCGAUGAAUAGACUCGUAUCAAUUAGGGCUUUCAAUACCGGCAUUACGGGAUCCCCCCUAGUAUCAAUAGAGAAAAAACUCGACAAGAAUCCUGCUCUGAAGACUAGAUAUAUGGCGCAGAUGGAUUCACUAAUAGAAAAGGGCUACGCAGAGAAAGCGCCCCUUGAACGUACACCGGGAAGAACGUGGUACCUGCCGCACUUCGACGUCUUCAACCCUAUGAAACCGGAGAAGCUUCGUAUAGUUCACGACGCAGCAGCGAAGACAAGAGGGAUGUCACUGAACGACUACCUGCUCACGGGUCCGGACUUGCUGCAGUCGCUGCCCGGCGUGAUGAUGCGAUUCCGACGUCACCGCGUCGCCGUCUCCGGAGAUAUCACUGAAAUGUUUAUGCAGGUGAAAGUAAAGCCAGAAGACAGAGACGCUCUCCGAUAUCUGUGGCGAGGAGAGCGGCGGGAGGGGGCGCCGGAAGAGUACCGAAUGACGUCAAUAAUAUUCGGCGCAGCAAGUUCACCGUGUACAGCAAUAUUCGCUAAGAACUGGAAUGCUAAACGCCAUGCGAACGAACACCCAGAAGCAGUAGAAGCAAUAGUCAAGAAUCAUUACAUGGACGAUUACCUGGAUAGCUUCAGAAGUACAGAAGAGGCGACGCGCACAAUCAAGAUAGUACAAGAAAUACAUAGUAAAGCGCGCUUCGACCUAACGAAAUGGGUAUCCAACAGCGAAGAAGUGCUGCGUGAAUUGGUACCGGGCCAAGAAACAACACAGAUUGUUAAUCUUGGAAAUAUAGAAAACAGAGAAAGUACUCGGCGUGAUAUGGAAGCCGCACACGGACGAGCUGAGCUUCAACUUAAAACUCGCGCGCCUACCUACUGGCCUGCUCGACAAGGAAACGCCCACCAAGAGAGGCGCUCAAGAUAG